GACGUUAGUAAAUGCGAUGGAACAGCUGUGUCUCCAAAAUAAUUAAUAAAUUAAUUAUUUAUUCCGUUUUAAACCUCGAAACGCGACUGCCGAAGUGUCGAUUGGUGCGCAAAUGUGAAGUAGAUUUUGCUGAGUGCUUAACUAAGUGUGUUGUUAUUAAAUCCAGUUAAAAAUGAGUCACUAAUUAAAGAGUCUGAUUUUGCAUUAACUUCCAAGGCUGUAAUAAUAAAAGAAGUAUUUGGGGCCUAUAAUGGUGAUUACUUAACAGAAUGGUGGAGGAUAAUGAUCGUGCAUACGGCAGGUCUUCGAAUAGGAAUACGUUGUUGAAGAUUGUGAUACUCGGAGAUGGCGGUGUAGGCAAGUCGUGCUUGAUGAGCCGGUUCAUAUCGAAUCACUUCGAUGAUCACAGCUUUCACACUAUCGGCGUGGAGUUCAUGAAUAAAACCAUAGAGGUGAAUGGCAAGGAGUAUACUUUGCAGGUAUGGGACACAGCAGGCCAGGAGCGGUUCAAGUCCCUCCGGACACCGUUCUAUCGCGGUUCAGACAUAUGCAUUCUCGCAUAUGCCAUCGAUGACCGCAGCUCGUUCAACAAUAUCAAGAUUUGGCUCAACGAGUUUCUUCACUAUGCUGGAGUCAAGAAUGGAAUUGAAAAGUUCCCUUUCAUGGUGGUUGGGAAUAAGUCGGACGUGUCAUCCAAGGAUAGGGAGGUGAGCCACGACCAGCUGAAGCAGUGGUGCGACGACAACAAGAUCGCCACGUACAUCGAGACGUCGGCUAAGAACGACAAUAAUGUCGUGGAGGCCUUCUCGCUGGCUGUGCAAAGGUGGGUAGAAUUAGAACAGAAGGCAGAGAAAGAGCUAGGCAUGCUCCACCAUCCAGACACAGUGACGCUACACGGCGCAAGCACCGCCUCCUCUCUGCGGUCCACGUGUUGUUCCCGAUUCAGCGACGCGUGAGUCGAUGAUUGAUGCCGGAUAAUCGAGACUUAAUCGAUUAACCCCAAAGUCCCAAAAAAAUCAUAGGUUGGUAAAGCCCGGUCUGUGAGCACGUAGAAUUUUGUCCAAUGUGCGAGCGCGACAGCAACAUAAUUACGCGCGAGCGAUAAGGAUGGGUAGCUUGGGGUCAUUGGAUAUAAUUCUACGUGCUCGCAGACCAGACUAUAGUAUUUUGUAAACUUGAUAUGGUUUAGACGCUGUCAUUUUGCGUUUCUUAAACCCCUUACGUUACAGCAGGAUUCUCUUACUGAGGUUAUUAUUGGCACAAUCGAUGCGAAAUGCAAUUUCCUAGUAAAUGGCAUCUACAUAAAACAAAACUUACGUAUAGACCCAAUACACUAAACCAGCGGGGACAGGUUU